AUGACUGAAGAACAAACAAUAAGUGUUUGCUGUGAAAGAACAAGUAAUCCUGUUCAAAAAGUGCAAAGUCGGACAGUUGAAAAAUGGAACGAAAGAUGGGAGGAAGGGAAAACAUCAUUCCAUUUACCACAUGUACACAAAUUAUUAGCAGAACACUCAAAGACCUUAAUAAAUGGAAGAAAAGGAAUUAAAAUACUUUUUCCUCUGUGUGGGAAAACCAUGGAUAUGAAAUGGUUGGCUGACCAAGGACAUACUGUCAUUGGUGUUGAAAUAUCUAACAUUGCCAUCCAACAGUUCUUUGUGGAAAACAACAUAGAAUACACAAUUAACCAUGUGGACGGUUUGGUAAAAGGAGAAGUAUAUCAGCAAAGACUAACUUACAACAAAGGGCGUUCAUUGUACAAUGUUUUGAACGAAACCGUCACUAUACCAACUAAACAUGAACAUUUUCAGAACAUUAAAUUUGAUCAAAAACGUAUUUAUGAUAUAAUUGGUCAAGUUGAUGCUAUAUGGGAUAGAGCAGCAUUCAGUGCUAUCAUGCCAUCAGAAAGAGAAAAAUACCGUGAUGUGAUUAUUUCAACUAUGAAUGCAUACACCAGGUAUUGCCUUAUUGGAGUAGACUUUGAUCCGUCAGUCAAGCCUGGACCUCCAUACCAUGCCCCGGAAGUGGCUGUCGAGCAAACUUUUGGCGCUCACUUGACUAUUGAGAAGAUUGGAGAAAUGGCCGAUUUACGUGAGAAGUGGGUUAAGAUGGGUCAUAAGUACUUCACAGAUAUUCUAUUUCUAUUGUCAUUGAAAGCAUAA